AUGCUGCACCGGGACGUGGGGACGCCGACGAAGCGGUGCAAGACCAUAUUGGUUGGUGGAGUGCAGACAGAGUAUGUGUCUGAUACAGAUAGCGAUUCUGACGAUGAUUGCAAGAUUCUGGGUUCAAGUUGGAUCAAACCCAGUCCUGUUGCUAUGAACAUGGAUAGGACUGAAAAGGGGGAUGUGGAUGAUCCUGCCAAUGCAAGCAAUGGGGAGUCUCUGCAGACACAUAAUCUGUUACGGACAGCAAAUGGUGGGGUGGUUGAGCAGUUAGUAUAUCCUUCAGGAAGUCCUUCAAGUUUUGAAGCAAAAGUCUCUGCAGUUAUGUAUUUCAAUGAAGAUUCGAGCCAAUACAGUUCUAGAAAGGAAGUCAAAGUGAAAGAGAAGCUUGUCUUGGGGAAUAACAAUUCUCGUGUUGAUGCUAAUGUGGGCUCUGCAGUCGGUACCAGUUCCAGCAAAUUCAAUCCUGAUCGCAAAGGAAAGGGAAAGAUGACAAACAGCAAAAGAGAGGGCUAUCAGGCUGGCCCUAAAUUUGCAUUCUUCAAAGCAGAUAAAGAUGAGCAUAGUGAAGAUGAUGAAGAAGAAGAGCUACAGGCUGAUCCUGACGCUCAGGACUGGCCAGGCCCAUUUGCAACUGCUGCAAGGAUAUAUGAAGAAAGAGAAGCUAAGUUGAGAGCUCGAGAGUUGAAUUCUUCAAAGGUGGGCAAAUCUGCAAAUAGGGUCAUUGUUUGGUCUCCUUCAAAGGAUAGGAAAAAUCCAGCACGAGCUCAAGCCCCGUCACUUUCAAGCUUAUGCUUAAACACCCUUAUGGAACAUUCUGAAUGUAUUGAAUCACUUGGAGGUAUCCCAGAGGAGCUAAAGAAUAAGCUGUUAAAGAUUCUGUGUCAUUCCAGGAAGAUGAAGACUCAUCUUCUCCAUGAACUACUGUGUGACAGUCCUACAGAACUGCAUCUCAGUGAGUGUUCAUGGCUGAGUGAGGAUGACUUUGAGAAAACUUUUGAGAAAUGCAGCACUGAAAGCUUGCAGGAUCUACAGCUUGAUAUAUCUGGGAGAUGCAUGCCUGAUUACAUAUUGCCAUCUACCUUAGCUAAGGUUCCUAACUGCAUGCCAUUGUUGAGAAAAAUAUCUCUGAAGGGAAAUUAUCGGCUUUCUGAUAAUGGUUUAGGCACAAUCAUCUCUGCUGCACCUUCUUUAUCCUCCCUAAAUCUGUGCGAGUGUUCUCUUCUCACUUCAUCUGGAAUCGAUGUUCUUGCAAACAAGUUACAUUCAGUUCUUAGAGAACUGUAUAUAGAUGAAUGCACAAACGUGGAUGCUUUGGCGAUUCUUCCUGCUCUACAGAAGAUUAAUCAUCUAGAGGUUUUAUCAAUGUCCGGAAUACAGUCCGUGUGUGACAAGUUUGUGAAAGAGCUCAUUGCUGUUCAUGGUUCAAAUCUGAAGGAGUUAGCAUUUGCUGGUUGCUUGGAACUUACUUCAUCUUCCAUCAAGACUAUUGGGGAAUACUGUCAAGAAUUAACUUCGUUGGACCUCCGCAACUUGGAUAGGCUGCGUGACUCAGCAAUGAGGCAUCUUCGUGGCUGUAGGCUAAUAAGGAAACUAAAGCUUCAAAGAAAUGCAUUCAGUGAUGAAGCUGUGUCUCGAUAUUUGGAAGAAUCUGGAGGAUGCCUGACUGAGUUAAUGCUAAACAAUGUUAAGAAGGUUGGAGACCUUACUGCCCUUGCAAUUUCUCUUAAGUGUUCUGUUCUAUUGGAGGCCCUGGAUCUUUCCUUCUGCCGUGAACUGACAGACGAAGCUUUGGGGCUGAUUGUCGACAGCUGCCCAACAUUGAGGAUUCUUAAGCUAUUUGGUUGUACCCAGGUCACGGAUUUGUUCCUCAAGGGUCACUCAAACACAUCGGUCAAAAUCGUCGGAAUAGAAGGGAGCAUACUCGUGCAAAUGGAUAACCGUUAG